AUGGAUGAAGGGUUGGUGGUGAUUGAGCAAGGAAACAAGCAGGUGACAUGUAUGCGUAGCAACAGAGCAGUUAUAAGAGAAGACGAUCCUCAUCUUAUGUAUGAUGCUCCUCCCGUGCAUGACAAUGUGCGAGGAGGCCCGAACGAAGAAAGGAACAUGGAUCUGAAAAUGUUUUCGGAUCAGCAAGUCAUUUCCAGGAAGAGUUAUUGCAACUUGUGUGGACAAGAACUGCGGAGAAUAUAUGCAACAACCCUUGCAAAUUCUCAAAACUUGGAGAUCAAGACAUUGACAUUGAAGCAUACUUGUGAUGUGGGUGCUAGGGCGAAGUAUGGAGAGAAAGCAACUGCCAGAAUUUUAGCAGAUCUACUAAAGGCAAAAUUCGCAAAUGGCAAGAAGGGACCACGAGCGUGCGAGCUGCCUGAUAUUUGUUUGUCUGAAUUACACAUGACAAUAUCUUACACGAAGGCAUGGAACGCUAAAGAGCUGGCAAUGGCAUAUGCGCGAGGGAAUGAGGAGGAGAGUUAUCGGUUCCUGUCAACAUAUUUACACCUAUUGAAGUCAACAAACCCAGGGACCAUGACUGCCAUGCACACAACGGUGGACAAAAAAAGAAAAGCUUUGUUCAAGUACCUAUUUUUUGCAUUGGGAGCUUGCAUUGCGGGAUAUCAAUAUUUGAGGAAGGUCAUUGUAAUUGAUGGCACAACAAUGAAAGGGAAGUAUAAAGGGUGCUUGGUUGCAGCUAGUGGACAAGAUGGGAAUAUGCAAAUUUUUCCCUUGGCAUUUGGCGUUGUUGAUGGGGAAAAUGAAGGAGGAUGGGUGUGGUUCUUUGAGAAUCUUAAAAGGUUGGCUACUGUGGUAUCUAAAGCUGCGAGGGCAUACACAAUAGGAGAUUUCCGGUAUUGGUGGAGAGAAAUAGAAAACCGAAGACCAGCUUGCAUAACUUAUCUCACAGAGAUUGGACUGCCACACUGGACACUAUCCUACUUCCUUGGAGAUCGUUACAACAUAAUGAGUAGCAACAUCUCAGAGUCGUUGAAUGCGGCGAUGCAAACUGCUGUAGAUUACCCAAUUGUGUCGAUGGUCGAGUUUAUCCGGGCAAUGUUGAUGAGGUGGUUUUACUGCCGGAGGACAAUGGCAAAUAAAAUGAAAACAAGAUGCACACCGGAAGUAGAAGAAAUCCUCAUAGAUCACCUGAAAGAUGCUGUGGACUACCGUGUUCUAUCAGCGAGUCAGUGGAUUUAUCAAGUGCCAUGUUGUCACGCUUUGGCUGCCCGAGGAGUGCUUCAAAUCGAUAUCUAUACGCUGGUUGUUGAAUGCUACUUUGUUGGUCCGUGGAGGAAAAAAUAUGCAGAAAUCAUAAUGCCCGUGCCAAAAGAAAGGGACAGCGACAUCCCAGCGGCUGUACAUGAAGAGGCUGCUGAUCCACCAAAAACAAAACGCGGGGGUGGGAGGCCAAAGAAGAAAAGAAUACCUUCGCAGGGGGAAAAACAUAAAGGGAAGAAGCGAAAGACACCUGCCAAGUGUGGGAGAUGCUUUGGGGUGGGACAUAACAGGAAAACAUGUUCUCAGCUAAUAUGA